GAAAUGCACUCUUGUGCGUGCCACAAAUGUGCGAUAGAAAACCGAGAGCGGAAUCCGGCAUGACAUCACUGGGAAGGCAGGAAAGCAGUUGCUAAGGAUGGAUUCCUGAUGCGGAGAGGAGAGCGCGCUUGACGAGCGGGGGGUUGCUUUCUUUCCUCCGUUUCAAUGAUUACAGAUCUCGGUGGUGACAGCAACAAAGGAGCAUCGGACCUGACAGACUCAGUCCGCCGUCAAUAAUUCAUUGUGGAUCGCAUAUCAGGAACAGCGUCUGACAAAUGAAUGAAGAAAAAAAAGAGGCUGCUUUAUCUGAAAUGAUGUAACGCGCCUUUGUUGCCGCUUUCUUCGUCCCCCGGCUUUUCGCACAAUGUAAAUACUCACGAGCCGCACGCAAAGAUCUAACGCAUCAGUGCACAGGUACUGCUAUGUUGAAACGUCUCAGCAAUGACUGAUGUUGAGUCUACAUAUGCAGAUUUCAUUGCAUCUGGAAGAACAGGAAGAAGGAAUGCCCUGCAUGACAUUCUUGGGUCUUCAAGUGAAACAGACACCGAAGACUUGUCAGUGAAGUUAUCAGAACUUGAUCUUGCUAAAAAAGGUGAAGGAGAUGAUGCUGAGAGAAGCACCACCACGUCUUCAGACCAGCCCCCAGCAUCCGAGCAAGAAGGGAGUCAGGAGGAAAGCUGACUUCCCAGCAUUAUUUGCUGAAGACCUGCUGUUAGCAGUAAAACAAACAGACCGAACUGAAACUAAUUUACUUUGAAGGUCUUGGAAAAAUAAAGAUAAGUCAAUCUGUUUCAGAGAGUUAGGAAAAAAAAAUGUUCAGCCUAAAGUGGAAUAUAGAAAUGAACUCAAAGAAAUAUUAGAAUGGCCUGGAAAAUGUUGUGCCUUUUUAGGAAUGUAUGUGCAGAGCGGUGUUGCACCUCCGAUAGUGAUAAACAGAUGUACAGCAUGCACAGUAAGUGCGGUUUUGACUGUAUGAAAGUAGAAUUUUCCUUGAUUUACCUACUGCCAAGGGUGUCACACAAACAGUGAGAGAGGUUUUCAUUUUACAGCACAUACGGAGUGCUUCAACGUCAAAAGUAAUGAUACUGUAAACUGCCACUGCUUUUCAAAUCACAACAUUUGUAUCAGGGACAGAAAAUGCCUAUUACAGUACGUGUCUGACAUAUUUACAAAGGGUUAACUGGCUUUGUAUUUUAUAUCUUUUCAGUGUAAUUAUGUACUGUAAUUUAUAGCGCACACUUACUUUGUAAUGUCUUUUUUAAUCCGAUGGAAUUUUUUUUUGGGAUUUUUCUUGAAGCUAUUGAUUUGUUCUUCAAUGCGCGGAUGAAAGUACUUGCUUAUACUGCCUUGAGUGGAUCGAUUCAAAUUUUGCAUUUACUGAAAAUGAUUGAAGCUAAAAAAAAACACAUACAUUAAUCAAAUGUAGUAAAGGCUGACAGUAUGACAAAAUUUAAAAUAUGACAACAAUAGUACCAUGUGUAAAAUUUUCUUAUAUAAAGUAUAACAGAAUGCGCAUAUUGCACCUUAAUGGGAAAAAUUACGUUGAUGCUUGCUUAAAUAGUGACAAAAAAGAAUUGAAAUAAUUUUCACCUGAAUAUGUUAACACAGCUGCGAUUAGGAUAACACUCUUAAUUGUAUUCCUUAAUUACUCAGAAUUGUUUAUUUUAUUGAAUGAUUCAGCACAAGUGGAAACACCAUAGGAGCACUCAUAUGCACAUCACGAUCAAGACCAGUCAGUAGUUACAGUUUCCCAGCAGUGCAGCAUUUCUAAUGCAGUAUAAAAUAGAAUAUAACAUUCAGAGAAAAAAAAAAACAUGAUAUUAUAAAAGCUCUGAUAGAUAGACGAUCCCAUCUAGGGCCAAUCAAAGCACUCGGCCACCUCCCUGUCUUCCACGAAGUUAGCCUCCUCGCGGUUUUCUUACAAGCAGUCUGCCAGCUGCACUGCCAUCGUUUUCCAAGCAGCUUGGAGCAGACAGUCGCCUCAAUGUCUUCUUCAACGAUGCUGGUCAUUGUGCAGGGCUCUCACAAGAUUCAUGUCUAGAUUGUCUGUGAGCAAGCAAGUCCUGAAUUUAAUUCCAUAUGCUAUCAGCUUCCAUUGCUGCCAAUGUUAUUUUUAAGCCAGACAGUGGUUGCACAAACAUGUCCUCAAUCUCCCCAACCUUGUUUCUAUGCAUUUGUAUUCUAGGCUAGACGAUCACAAGCCAUUUCUCCAGAGAGUCAGCUGAGCAGUGCAUAUAUCCUCAUCUAAGGGUAAGCAUAAAAACACUGACUGAAAUGGAAAGAAAGAAGCUAUGUUUAGAAUAGAAUAUCCUUUUUGAUGAGCAGCACAGUGGUGCAGCGGGUAGCGCUGCUGCCUUGCAGUUUGGACCUCCCUGCGUGGAGUUUGCACG